AUUUUCUUCAGGAUUUCAUAAGAUAACGCAAUGGAAUUCUAAAAUAAUAUAUUACUAACACUACAUAUUGUCCUUAAAUAUAUAGAAGAAGUGAUGUUUGAUUCUAAAAAAAUCCCUUCUUAGUCAGUUUUUUUGUGUAAUAUCAAUAAUAAACUUCCCAAAGUUGUUAUAGGUUAUGUAAGUUAAGUUUUCAUGCAACAUGAAGUUAGAUUGCUUUAUAAAGGGGCGCUGGAGCGAGGAGGCACUCAUUUCGAUUCAACCUAUGAUGUCGGACGUUGGCAACAACGGUACAGUCGAGGAAACUUGUUUGGUCGAUAUGGACGCUUGCUAUGAAACGUUCGACAAAGAUGGGGAUGGGAAACUCAAUUUCGAGGAGUUCCGGCUGAUCUGCAAGGCCCUGUUUCGUAAUGACAAGGGUCACAUAUAUCCAUUAGCUGAAGAUCGCGCCCGUCACAUCUUUCAGGUGUUCGACAAGAAUUCAGACGGUUAUGUCGACAAGGAGGAGUUCACUUUCUGCUGGAACCACUGGAUAAAGGUGAUAGUGCGACCGGUGAGCGCUUUCCUGAUAGUGGACGUGCAGAAUGACUUCAUCUCUGGUACCCUCAACAUCAGCAAGUGCAACGCCCAACAGGACGGCAGCGAGGUGGUGGAGCCCAUCAACCGGCUGCUGGACUCCGUAAGCUUCGACUGCGUGUUCUACUCUCUGGACUGGCAUCCGCCGGACCACGUCUCGUUCAUAGACAACGUGCAUAUGCGGGAACUGCAUCCCUCCUGUCCGAUUCCAGCGGAUAAAGCCCAAGCGUACGAUACGGUGGUGUUUGCGGGUCCCCCGCCCAUGAAGCAGCGGCUGUGGCCCCGGCACUGCGUGCAGGACACGUGGGGCGCUGAACUGCACAAGGACCUCAAGAUAGUGGAGGGUGCUGUGAAGGUGUACAAGGGUACCAACCCUGAAGUGGACUCGUAUUCUGUAUUCUGGGACAACAAGAAGUUGACCGACACCAGUCUCAUCUCGCAGCUGCGACUGCGCGCAGCCACCGAUAUUUUCAUCUGUGGACUCGCUUAUGACGUCUGCGUUGGUGCAACUAUAGCGGAUGCACUUGCCAUUGGGUACCGCGCGGUGCUGAUCGAUGACGCCAGCCGGGGGGUCGACCUUGCCGAUAUCGAGAAAACCAAGGCCACCAUCGUCAACAACAAUGGCGUCAUUGUUACGUCCGACGAGGUGGCAGCAAUGGUGGAAGGCAGAGACAGGCGACCGGAGUUAGGGUACAAACUCGCCAUGGAGCUUAAGAACGCUAUGGAGGACACCCAGUGAGCUUAUAACACAAAAAAGGGUAUAUAGUUUACUCAGGGGCACAACUUAAUAGACCAACCCCAAUUUAUUUGAAAAUGAAAAUUUAUUUCUUUAAAAAAAAAUCGGUUAAAUUCCACAGUGUUUGGAUGACGUAGUAAGCAUAGCAAUACCUGUGUCAGGUACAUCCCGCUCUUGCAGGUACAUUUAUUCUUUCCGUUUUAUUCUAUUUUAGUAUUUAACUCUAGCGGUGUAACGGUGAUAAUCGUAUGCGGUAUGUAGCAAGAUUUACAUCAUAAUUAUUGGUCAUUCUAAAAUAGAGAGUAAAUAGAGAUGUGUGUAUAGAAUGCUUUAUUUUCAUUAUUUAAUUAAAGAAAAUACGUAUUUCAUUGCGACAGCAGAAAUACUGUUGACCGUCUUAUUGUUGAUUGCAAUAUGAAGGCAAGUUUAGAGUAAUGGAUUUAGAAGAAAUAUCAUUUAUAAACUAUACUAAGUCAGAAGUGGCGCAAGAAUACACCCUUGCGGUACCUCCUGUGAGUUCUCUUAAAAUUGGUAUAUAUUUGGUGAUUAUUUGGUAAUGCCAGUAUAAAUACGUAUACAAGCAAUGUUGCAUUAUCAGAUUUAGCCUAUGGUAAUCAUAACCUAUAUAUAUUUACCCUACAGUUACCACUUUUCAACAGAUUUUUAUUAAGUUUAUCUAAAAUGAUAGUACAAAAAAUGUAUCAUAUAGAUACUUGCAAUUAAGGCCAGUAAGACUAAAUAUCGUCUACUAAGCACACCAGUUCAAUAUUACAAUGUCUAUUUCGUCAGUUUUCUGUCAUCCGUUAAUAUAUACAUCGUCUCAACCUGCACGUAUUAAUACUAGAGGACCCAUUUUUUACCAUAUAAAUUAAUGUCGCUAUUAAAGAAUAGGGGUUGAUGAUAGAAGGG